GCUCAGAGCUGUUUGACUGCAGAUGAUCAGCGGAGUGUCAGAGCUUCUGUUUGGGCCUUCAUCAUCCAACAGCACCAAAGAGAGAGAAGAAAGAACUAAAAGAAAAACAAAUCAACCCAAGCAUUGGAAUUUAUCUUUUUAUCUUUUCUGGAUGUGAAAAGUAAAAGCUGUUUGAAAAGUAGCCUUUUGGAGGUGUGUGUGUGUGUGGGGGGGGGGCUUUGAGAGAUCUCCUCUAUGAUGUGAUUUGGGGGGAUGAUGAUGAUGAUGAUGAUGGAUUAUCUCCUGGACUUGUCCUGCAUCAUGAUGUGUGUGUCCUGGACCAGCUGAGACACAGAGACAGAAGAGACAGAGACAGAAGUGUAAAAGUGUCCUUCAUGGAGCGUCUGGUUUCCAUUUGGCUGCAGCUGGAGCUCUGGGCCAUGGCUGUGCUCUUAACCAGAGGUGAGGAGACCCGAGACUGGGAAGACAUGAAGAACGAAAGAAAGAAAUACAUUUGUUCUUGUCGGAUGAUUUAGUGAGCUUCAGAGAAAUCCGGUGUUAUUGUGACUCGCCCCACUGUGUGGCUACCGGUUACAUGUGCAAGUCGGAGCUUAACGCAUGCUUCACACGCAUCUUAGAUCCCCAAAGCUCCAAAUCUCCACUCUUGCACGGCUGUUACGAGCCUGCGCUGAACGGAGGAAGCGUGUGCCGAGCCGAAGCGGCCCACGGCGCCCUGCACAGCCCUGCCAUGCUCCAGUGCUGUCACGAGGAUAUGUGCAAUUACAGAGGUCCACAAGAUCUCACCUACAGCCGGGAAGAAAACCUGGAUCAUCGGAGUCGUCCUGAGGCUGAAGGUGGCCGUCAGAUAAUCGCCCGCGUGCAGGAAAUCCCCUCCGCUAAGGAAGUGUGGUUCCGCGCUGCCGUCAUCGCCGUGCCCAUCGCCGGUGGCCUCGUGCUUGUCCUCCUCAUCACGCUGGCUCUGCGGAUGCUCCGCAGUGAGAACCAGCGCCUGAGGCAGCAGCGACGUGAAAUGCUCUCUCGCCUCCACUACGGCUUCCAUGGACAACAUCUGGCCAAAAACCGUGGCACCAAACUCGACCUGGAGUGCAUGAUGCCUCUAGGAGGACAUGAGAACUGCUGUCUGACCUGUGAUAAGCUCAGACAGUCCGAUCUGAGCAGCCAGAGACUCUUAUCGCUGGUCCACUGGGGACGGCACAGCCCGAGAGACAAGCUGGAGUUGGUCUGAAGUCCUUUAGAAGGAAAAAGAACAAAAAAAGAAGAGAAAAGAACACAAACUUGAACGCAUCAUCCAUCGGGUUGCUGCUGUAGAAGCACUUUACUUGAAUCUGGCACAAGAGCAGUGUGCUCAAGACGGACUUUUAAAAACGGGACCUCUGUAAUGAAUAACUGAAGGAUUAAAAAAAAAGAUGCGUGUUGAUUAAAGAUUUGCACUUUUGUAUAAAGAAGAUGCAUUUGAGAUAAAAAAGGGCUUUUUUUUAAUUUUUCCUAAGUGUAUAGAUUUGUUCGUGUAAAUAUUACGACACCGAAUCAGUCCGUUGUUUCUCUCUCUUUUUCUUAUUUCUGUGCUAAUAAUACUGUAUGAUGGCACUUCGAAGCGCCCACACAAAAAAGACAAUUGUUUAAGCUUGCUGAAUUCAUAGUUACGUUCCUGUUUCAGAUUUAUGCUCACUUAACAACUCAGGAAACUGAAAAAAAAAAAGCAAAACAGAAAAGUUCAAGAGGUCAAAAUUAUAAUUGGGUUCAAUAUUUGUAAUGUUUUAUAUACGAUCAGUAGUUUUUAAAAAAUAGCUUCAGUGAGGCUGGAGCUCAUACCAGCCACUGUUGUUGUGUGCGAGUUUGAAAUUCGAUCAAUCCCAUAGGAGGAGUUGCGAUUUUCAUGAAACUGCAUAUGACCCCUGUGUAGCCGCAUCCAUGGUAGGUGGUGGCGCCACCUGGUGAAUAAUUUUUGUUGGAAUGUCUUUAGAGUCUUCUGGGUGAGUUUCAGUGAAAAUGUUCCAGCAGUUUACGAAGAGUAGUGUUUGGUGUGACGAGUCACCCCAAAUUUUCAAAUGCCCAUAAAAUUAAAUAUAACAGGUGGUGCUACCAUCUUGAAAACUUUUAUACGUACCAAUCUGGGGAACAUUCCAUGAGUUUGACCAAAAUCCCAUCACUCUUGUAGGCGGACUAGGGAUUUUUGUAAAAUUGCAUAUGAGCCCUGUGUAGCGUUCUCCAUGGCAGGUGGCACCACCUGGUGAACAAUUUUUGUUGGAAUAUGUCUUUAGAGUCUUCUGGGUGAGUUUCAGUGACAACGUCCCAGCAGUUUACGAAGAGUAAACUGCUGGGACUGUGAUGAGUGACGAGUCCCCCAAAAUUUUAAAAUGCCCAUAAAAUUAAAUAUGACAGGUGGCGCUACUCUCUUGAUAACUUUUAUACGUACCAGCCUGGGGAACAUUCCAUAUGAGUUUAAUCAAAAUCUAAUCACUCCUGUAGGAGGAGUAGCAAUUUUCGUGAAAUUGCAUGUGACCCCUCUGUAGCCUCAUCCAUGGUAGGUGGUGUCACCUGGUGAACAAUCCUUGCUGGAAUAUGUCUUUAGAGUCUUCUGGGUGAGUUUCACCAAAAACGUCCCAGCAGUUUACGAAGAGUAGCGUUUACGAAGAAUAAUGAGUCACCCAAAAAUUUCAGACACCCAUAAAAUUGUAAAUAUGACAGGUGGUGCUACCAUCUUGACAACUUUUAUGCACACCCACCUGGGGAACAUUGUAUGUGAGUUUGAUCAAAAUCUGAUCAAUCCUGUAGGAGGAGUAGCGAUUUUUGUAAAUUGUGGACGGACGACGAUGACGGAUGGACAACGCGUGAUCGCAUAAGCUCAUCCUGCGGCUAGAUGAGCUAAAAAGGCAUUCAUGUUAUAGCAUGUUGGCGUUAUGCUUUAAAAACGUUACAAUACAAAAAUGUUUUCAAAGAUCACGAAUGGGAAAGAAAUUUCUAGAAAAGUGGGCGUUUAAUGCACAGCUGUAUAAUUUUCACACGCAAUUAUCCUUCGCAACAAGGCUGAACGAGAAAGGAUGGACAGCAGAUAUGCAGGAUGAUGGAUGGUACCGUAAAAUUAAGAGAGCGCGGGAAGGCCGCCAUUUUGUUUUCACAAGCUUUUUGAUUUACAGUACUUGGUAAAUGUGAAACGUUUUUAGUUUAUUAAAGCUAUGUAAAUAUGACUGAGUGUAAAAUUCCGUCUGUAGAGAGACAGACAGCGAGAGAUGGAGAGAUAGAGAGAGGGAGAUGGAGAGAGAGAUACGGAUGCAGUAUAACAGGUUUGUUAACGUAAAUCAUUUGUUUGCUGAAGUGAAGUAAAACGCCAGGAGCGAUCUCAUAAAUUUCACAUCUUAUUACAAAAACCCAAACCAUUUAGCAUGACGACUUUUUCCUCAGGACAAAAUUCUUCAGUUCUUGAUUCUGAUUGGCCAGAAGGUAGAACAGCAGCUCCAAAUCACAGGUUCAUAUUAACGCCCAUUUUCGUUUCUAUAGCAACAGCUCAUUCACAGGCUCUUGUAUGGCGGAUGCGCCACAUAACCGUGUUGAAGCAUUUUUUUUUUAAUGUGAUGUUAAUGCAGCGUUUGGAAGGAGUCUCCAGUGUUAGUGCUUUGUAACAGUCAGUCAGACAUAACUUUAGUCUUCUAUCACGGAAAAACCAAACAAAUCUUUACGGUUUCUCUGUAACAGGGAAGUUUAAAAGGCUGUUUGUAGCUGCGAAGUGAUAACACGAACUAACUUGUUUUGCAAUGGUUCCACAAUGUUAAAUGUAAAUACAAAACAGUAUCACAUGUGAUUCUUUAAUAAAUGUUUUUUAAAUGUC